CUUGGGAUUGUUUGGCGAUCCUUCUUUAUUUGACUCCCCCGUCCCUAAAUAAACUUCCGUUUUUUACUUUUUGAGGAUUGAAGAGGAGGACAAGGCGCUGCUUUUGUUGGCUUCAUUGCCUUCAUCUUUUGACAAUAUCGUGACCACGCUUUUGUUUGGAAAAGAGACCUUAAAAUUUGAUGAAGUAGUUGAUGCGUUGUUGAUGAACGAGACUCGGCGGGGUGGCAACGGGGUAUCAAACGACGGUCAAGCUUUGGUAGCAAAAGGAGCUGGUCGGGAACGAGGACGGUCUAAAGAGAGGGGCGGCGCGUCCCAACGCUUCAAAUCGAGUAGUAAAAGCUUUCGGUGUUACUACUGCGAUGAAGAGGGUCAUUUCAAAAGGGAUUGUCCAAAGAGGAGGAAGGAAAAGAAGGACGGGAAAACACCCGUGACUGCGGUUGCAGAAAGUUCGAACCAAGAAAGUGAAGAAGACUUGUUUUUGGCAACCACAAAGAGUCUAGGUAAANGGGUAUCAAACGACGGUCAAGCUUUGGUAGCAAAAGGAGCUGGUCGGGAACGAGGACGGUCUAAAGAGAGGGGCGGCGCGUCCCAACGCUUCAAAUCGAGUAGUAAAAGCUUUCGGUGUUACUACUGCGAUGAAGAGGGUCAUUUCAAAAGGGAUUGUCCAAAGAGGAGGAAGGAAAAGAAGGACGGGAAAACACCCGUGACUGCGGUUGCAGAAAGUUCGAACCAAGAAAGUGAAGAAGACUUGUUUUUGGCAACCACAAAGAAUCUAGGAUGCUCAAGGGUCGGCUAUCAUCCUCAACGUAACAUUAGAACGUGGAAAUGUCGCAGCAAUGAAAACGGUUGUGGACGGAGCUCAGAGAUAUUGGUGAGCUGACGAUGAUAGAGGGUGUGGAGUAACAAAAAAGUUUUACACUCUAGAGAUGUUAGGAAGUAUUCAAGAAGACGAAGUCGAGGCUAUAAAGAAGCGAGGGAACGGCUAUCGAUACACAAGUACAGGGCUACCAUUCUCUAUCAGGGCACUCCACCACUAUCAUUGUGGGGGAGACUGGCAUCGUAAAAAUGACCUUGAUUCCUGAGAUAUUUUUGAGAAAUUCAAUCAUUUUGCGACACUUCUACAGAUUCCUGAUCAAAUAUCACAUAAGGUGGGUUAUUAAAUUUCUCUGUAAUUU